AAACCAUUACAUAAAUUAUAAAUGUUAAUAACACCUAAAUCUGAUUGUUUCCCACAGUAAUUUUCUAAUGAUAUUUAAUUUAAAUUUUAAAUUUCAAUCCGAAUCCAAUCCAACAAAUAUUAACUAAAUAAAACUUCCAAAUCUUCCAACUCUACUCCCACCCCAACUAAUACUCCUACUAGGUUGACCAUACAUCAUCAAUAGGACAAUAGGUCAACAUGUAAUUUCUUGGAAGGCAUACUUGUAAAUGAUUGGUGUAAAAUGCACCAACUACCAACUUGCAACAAACAUUUUUGCAGUACUACUUCUUUUGCAUUUUCCUAAACUUCCCUAUCAUUGUACUACUACCCAUUAAAGUCUCUAAACCUCUCAUUAUCACCCUAAUCUUCUUUCCAAAUUAACACUAAUCACCCACUUAACAAUGAUUUUUGCAGUACCAUUUUCUCUCUCCUCCUAUAUCUUUGCAGUACACAAAAAAAAAACUAUUCUCACCCAAUUAUCACGUGAACUUAUAAAAAUCAAACAAAAAUAAGUUCCUCUCUUUCUCUCUCUAAAACAAUCUCCAAAAAAUGUCUUACAAAAUCUCUUUCUUUCUCUCUCUAAUUCUCACUUUAAUCCUCUGUGUGUCAUCUCACAGUGGACAUGAAGAUCUGGAUUCAUUAGCACCGUCUGAUCAUGAUGAUGAUCAUGCUAAACUUAGAUCAAAACCAUUGAUUCUUGUGAAAAUAUGGUGUUUGAUUAUUGUUUUUUUAGGAACUUUUAUAGGGGGUGUUUCUCCUUAUUUCUUGAAAUGGAAUGAUGGGUUUUUAGUGUUGGGUACUCAGUUUUCUGGUGGGGUUUUUCUGGGUACUGCUAUGAUGCAUUUUUUGAGUGAUGCAAAUGAAACAUUUGGAGAUUUGACUACAAAAGAAUACCCUUUUGCGUUUAUGUUAGCUUGUUUUGGGUAUUUGAUUACCAUGUUGGCUGAUUGUGUGAUUACACAUGUCUUUAGAAAGAGUAAAACUCAAGAUUCUAAUGGGCUUGAAGAAGGUCUCCCUAAUCAGAAAACCAACAAUCAGCACACAAAUACAACAGCUCAUUCUCAGGAAGGUGAUACACAUAACCACUUUGCCAAUGCAACCCUAGCAACAGCAAGUUCCUUAGGAGACACCAUCCUACUAAUAACAGCCUUAUGCUUCCACUCAGUCUUUGAAGGCAUAGCAAUUGGAGUAUCGGAAACCAAAGAAGACGCCUGGAAAGCCCUUUGGACAAUCUCUCUACACAAGAUAUUUGCUGCCAUCGCGAUGGCAAUAGCCCUCCUUCGUAUGAUCCCGAACAGACCCUUCCUCUCGUGCGCAUCAUACGCAUUUGCCUUCGCCAUCUCAAGCCCUAUCGGAGUUGCGAUCGGGAUCAUCAUUGAUCAGACAGCCCAAGGACAAGUGGCUGAUUGGAUAUUUGCUAUAUCCAUGGGGAUUGCUUGUGGGGUGUUUGUGUAUGUUUCAAUCAACCAUUUGUUAGCCAAGGGUUAUUCUCCUCGAAAGAAAGUUGGGGUAGAUACUCCCUUCUUCAGAUUUUUGGCUGUGGUCUUGGGAGUUGGGGUCAUUGCUGUGGUAAUGAUUUGGGAUACUUGAUAGAAUAGAGCUACUUGAGACUCAAUUUUUGCUAUUGUAGAGCAUGUACACAUGAUAUCUUUAGAGCACCAGUAUAUUUUUCUUGGAAGUUUAUAAUUGCAAAUAUAGACUCUAGACUUUGAAAGUUUAACCAUAUAUAAAUGAGUAUAAUAGUCAA